AUGAGCUCAAAGGAUAACUUGGCCCUGGAUCUGGAGCACGGCGUGCGACGCUGGGAUCGCGCUCGCUGGAUAUCCGUCUUCAGCUCGCAUAACCCGACUAUACGCGAGGUGACGGAAUGCUUGGGCCUGGGCUUAUCGGCGUCUUCGUCCACGACCAACCGCGGCAUUCCGAAGUUCGACAACCCAGACUACCGCAAGCUCUCGAGUGAGGUGACGAAGCUGUCCAAGGAAUUGCCAAAAGAAAGAGAUUUGUUGCUGGAUUUCGCGGCGGAUCCGAGUUCCCUGAACCAGGAGCUCGAGGACCUGCUAGCGAGUUACGGACCCGCUAUUUGGGGCAGGGAUGCGGAUCGCAGCUGUUUACUCACGCCGGAUGCGUCCAAGAAGACGUAUAACAAAGAUCUGUUUUACGAGGAGCCGGAGCAUAAGGAUAUUCUCAAGAUUCAUCUGCAUCGGUGGAUCAUCAUCAAAGCUUGCUACUACAUUCGCAACAUGAAGUUGAAGAGGCCAUCGGGUGCGAAUGAGUAUGAUCAGCUUGCCGAUAUCGAUGCCGAAGGCCUUGUAAGUUUCGAUGAGAUGGUUGGUGUUGUCAUGGCUAAUAAGCGGUAG